AUGGCAACAGAGCUAGGCGUAGAUCCUGAGGAAGCAAGGAAAAAGUGGAGCAACUUGGGGGAUCAAUUUCGAAAGGAAUAUUAUAAAGUUAAUAAACCAGGAAAAUCUGGGGAUGGCGCAGGUGCAAUCUUUACAUCAAAGUGGGCCUAUUAUAAUUCUUUGGUAUUCCACGCAAAUCAAAUUGACCCUUGUCAUGGUAAUUUAUCAAUGCAGGAAACCGAAAAAUGUACUUCUGAGAUAAUUCAUCGAGAUUUAGCUGCAAGGAACAUUCUCAUCACGGAUGAUCACACCUGUAAAAUUGCGGAUUUUGGAUUUGCACGUGACGUUAUUACAUCAAAAAUUUAUGAACGGAAAAGCGAGGGAAAAUUGCCAAUACGCUGGAUGGCGAUUGAGUCCCUUUAUGACAACAUUUUUUCAAUCAAAUCAGAUAUAUGGAGCUUUGGUAUUCUGAUGUGGGAAAUAGUUACGUUAGGAUCUACGCCGUAUCCAGGUAUCUCAGCAGCAGACGUAAUGCGAAAGGUGCGCGAUGGAUAUCGCCUUGAGAAGCCUGAACAUUGCCGACGUGAGCUCUACAAUAUAAUGUACUACUGCUGGGAAAGUGAAGCUAAUGAGCGUCCAACUUUUGUGGAUUUGGUGCAAAUGCUAGACAAACUACUACAGACCGAAAUGGAUUACAUUGAAUUAGAACGAUUUCCUGAUCACAAUUACUAUAAUAUUCUUAAUUUAAGCGGCGAAAAGCUAUAAAAUUCUGUACUUGAUUAUUUUAUUUUAUUUUUUUUUAAUAAUGUUGAUUUUACAUAUCAUAUACCAUGUAGCUACCCCGGCUCGCCUUGCUACAUCCUAUUUUAUGUAUAUUGUAAUUCUAGCUAAAUGUAUGAAUUAUUUAAUGAGUAACGGAAGCUGAUUGCAAUCUUUGUGAAUAAAUGGUAUUUUUAGUUUAUGUAUGUAUA